AUGAAGGUGCCUGGGCAAGUGUGGUGCUCCCUGGUCGACACUCUGCAGAGAAUUGUCAAGAAGCAGGAACGAAGAUGGCCCUCCUGUUUCUGGGACUUCAAUGGACGAGAGAACAAGUCGGGCAUCAUGAUUCCGACGUGGAAGUCCGUGUGGCCUCUGAACGACGGUUACUCGUUUUGCGCGUGGCUGAGCAUAUCAUCCAACAAAGACGUACUCCCCCUCAAUAGGGGCCGGAGAAGCCUUCCGCCCGAGCAAGCCACGAUCAGGCCACAUCUAUUCAGUUUCGCCUGCGACGACGGUCGCGGCAUGGAACUGUUCUUCGUGUCGCAGUAUCUGGUCGUUCUCUCGCGGCAAGGCAAAAACAAGCAUGCCUGGAUCAAGUUCAAUUACCGCUUCAAGAAGGAGCGAUGGUACUUCGUUGCAGUGGCCCACAUCUACCACUUCUUGCGGCGCAGCGAGGUCUUGCUCUACGUCAAUGGUCAGCUGGUGGAGCAACAGUAUCUCAUCUACCCCAAGAUCGACGCUCCUGUGUCCAUGUGGAUGGCCAACCACAUCGAACACACGGAGGUGGGCGAGCGAAGUCACCCCUUCUGCGGCCAGAUGGGCAAGGUCUUCUUCUUCUCCGAGGCGGUCACCGCCACCGACGUCCAGGCGCUGCACGCACUCGGCCCCAACUUCCUCCCCAAGAAGAAAUCAGAUACGUCGAUAGAGAUCGGCCACAAGGGCAACGUGUUUUCCAUAGGCAACAAACGAUACGUGAAAAUAUUCUUUGCCUACGACCCCAAGGUAGCGAUGGAAGGCAACGUUUGCGUGGAGACAUCGACACGAGCCGCAGACAGAAUGGCGUCUGCCCUCCAGGGCGUCGCCGUCAUCAACUCGUCCAAUCUCAAGGACUCCCUCUACUGCUUGGGCGGCAUCAAGGAUGACGACGCCGCCACGGACGACUCGGAGGAGAUCAAGUUCUUCGAGGACGAAGAUGAACAGGAGAAGGAGCAAAAGCGAGGCGACGACGGAGCCUCGGCAUCCUCCGGCGCCGCCCUGCCCUCCGCGCCGCCCUCGCCCGCGGGCCUGCUCAUCUCGCUCAUAUCCAACCUGCUCCAGAACUACGCCGACCUCUUCUCCGACAUGCCCAGCGUCGGCGGCUGGCAGAUCUUCGGUUUUCUCCUCCAGAAGAUGCACCCCACCGCUCUAGACGUACAGGCCUUGAACUCGCUCGACACGCUUGCCACCGUGCUCUACGAUUCAGACAAGUCGCAUUUCCGGGAGUUCUUCACCUACACGUACCUCAACUUCAGCAUGUGGUCGCAGACGGCCUCCUCGGUCCAAGAGAAGCUGCUCUCCCAGAUCACCGCGCGGGUCAAGGCUGCCCCGCAGUACUUCCGCAAGGUUAUCGGAGUCCAGCGCAUCGUGGAUGCCCUGUGCGACCUCGAUUUCGCACAGAACCGGAUCGCCCUGCUUCAACUCAUUGGGCUGAUGGCUGUCGAUGGCCUCACCUUCCAAGAGACGAAGAACCUGCUGGAGUCGCUUCACCGAUCGCAGCCCCUCAAAAGGGUCGACCAAGGAGCCGAUGUGCUCAAGUUCAUCAUCGCCAUGCUCAACAAGUUCUCCACCAGCACGAGCCCCACAGUGCAGAACGUGGCUUCACAUAUCUUUGAGUGUGGAGGCCUCAUUCCGUUCCUUUCGGUGCUACAGCGCCCGGACGAACAUCAACGCAUCUGGGCUCUCAAGAUUGUAGCACGCAUGCUGCAGAUUGCCACGCCAGCUCAGUACGUCUCGCCUAUCCGCACGCACACACACUCGCACCCGGCUCGGACGAAACAAAAGAUGUUGUCCUUUGCCACGACGACUAUUUACACGCACAAGCGGGAGUCCAGCGGCAGCGUCAAGAAGGACGUCGAUCAGUCGCACGGCUCGGACAACUUCGAGGGCUACAGCCGGCUGUCGGCGAUUAUCAAGUACUACCUCCAGAACUUCAACUUCUCCAAGGCCACCUACUAUGCGCUCAUGGAGAUCCUGCUGGAGCGGGUCUCGCCCAAGAGCAUCAACGUCAACCCCGUCCACUCGCCGGCCGACGAAAGCGUCCGGGAUAUGAAGAAGCAGCGCCAGGAGGUCCAAUUUCAGCACCAGUUCAGGAACCCGCAGAUCCUACCGGCCAUCUUCGAGCUCCUCGGCGCCUCGUACAACAGUUCCCUGCAACAGAAGGCUCUGGAGGACUUCUACCUCCUGCUCAGCAAGGAGAAGCAGAACAGGGACCUGUUCCUGCAGCAAGACAACUGGCCGCACUGGCUCCUCGCCGUCAUCGCGGAGAAUCCUAGCAUCAUCCCGGAGCAUGCCAGCUCUCCCGCCAGCUCGUCGUCAUCAGUACCCAAGCGACCGCAACAAGGGUGGAAGGUGAUUGAACGCUUCCAGGGCAUUCUGCAGCACUUCCAGGAGAUCGGGCCGUUCCCAGGGCACCAACUGGUGCGACAGGUCAACAGCGCUCUCCUGCAGAAGCUGACCUCCGACCCCAAACUGCGGCGGAUCCUCCAGACGCAGUCUCAGCUGCACCACAACAUCAACUCGCCUCAUGUCAUGAACCUCAAGAACAACAGCAGCUCCACCGCCACCACCGCCACCGCCUCGUACCAGAUCGCGUCUCCGCCGCCGUCGCCGUCCGGGUCCGCCAAGAUUAGGGCCGAGUGGCUGUGGGAGAACGUGGUCAAGUGGAUCUGCUUCGCCGAGGAGGGCCUCUUCCAGCUCCCGCCGCCCGAUGACAUCUUCUCGCCGCCGCCCAAGAAGGACGCCUCGCCCCGCGCCAGCCCGCGCACGCGGGAGCGACCGCCGACUCCAGCACUGAUCGCCGAGGCGCAGGGUACCCAGCAGCCGCAGCCCGGCACCCCGCGCGACCACCCGCCGGUGGCCUCGGAGACACCGCGGGCGCGGGUCACUCCGCGCGCCAAGUCGGCCAGCAACGCCUUCGACCUGAUGGCCCGCGCGAGCGAUGAGCCCGCCAGCAAGGAGAGCAAGGAGAAGGAGAGGGAGCGCGUCGUGGACCUGCUCGAGGCUCAGGGAGCCAAGGCCAGCAGGGAGCGGGACGACCAGGCGGAGGCCAGGGAGCGCGAGCAGGCGAGGGAGCGCGACCGGGAGCGAAAUCGGGCCAACCUCGACCGCGUCUCGUCGCACUUCCUGCUGCCGAUCUACCACUCCACGAUGGAGGAGCGCGGCGUGGGGUCCGACCCGUACCUCAGCGCCACCCAUAACCCGCCGCCCAGCGCCAAGACGCUCCGGAGGAAGAAGGACACAACCGCGGCCUCAACAACCACCACGACCACGAUGAUCACCACCAAGCUGAUGCGGCGACCGCCGUCGCUCGAACGACGGCCGUCUGCGCCGCACGCGGAGGCAAUGAAGAGCGAAGCGAGGCGCGGCAAGGAGGUGGCGGACAGGGAGCGGUUGCCCGGCACUACGCCGGCGGACGCGCCGCCGCCGCCGCAGCAGAAGGAGAACCUGAAGUGGGUCGAUUUUCACUUUGCCCAGCGCCUGCUGGACCUCAUCGACGACCUGCUGCUCCUGCCCGUGUCGGUGCCCUCUGUCCCCUUUGUCGCGGAGGUCCCGGCGACGGCCCAGCCUCCGGCGCCGCCGACCACGUCCUUCUUCUCGUCGCUCAACUUCGCGUCAUCGGCUCCGCCCGCGCCGCAGCCCGCGGCCCAGCCGCCCUACCUGUCGGCCUCCACCGUGCGCAGAAUGGAGGAGCAGCUCUCGCGGUUGGCCCUGCGGCUGACCCUCUACACCCUCGACGAGACCGAUGUCGUGCUCAACACACAGAAGAUCCGGUUGCGAAGUGAGCAGUUGAAAGACAUCAAGAAGAUGGUCGAGACGUACUGCCACGCCUCCGCCUCUUCGUCACUGACGGGCGCCAUCGCAAGCAUCGGUGCUGGGAACGAAUGGGGCAUCAUCAAAGAAACUGUGCACGCGAGCGAGGAGGAUGAGUCCUCGUUGCUGAGCAAACGGCUCACGCUCACCCUCGGCGCCUACGUCGAGGGCAAGUUCAAGCAGUGGGACGUCGAGUUGAAGGACGUCAACCAAACCUUCUCCAAGAGCAUCAAACGACUCUCAAUGGUAAUCCAUCAAUUGCUGAAGCGCUGCAAGCCGGGCAAUGCGAUUGCGACCAGCGCGUUGCGUAAGGCGACUGCCACCCCCUCGCUGGCUCGAGGUGACAGGGCUGACUCGCCCACGGAGGACAAGGGCGGCGAGGACAGUGUGGACCGGGUGCUCUACGCGCUUUCCUUCCUCUACAAGGCCAUGCAGCGGUCCUACGAAUCCGGCGGCAUGGGCACGGAACUCAUGGCUGAUCUCUUCAAAGAGAUUCUGUUGAAGUUGCAGCGCGUCGAGAUCAUUCAGGUCGACGUGCCUCCGCUCAACUUCCCUCACCCGACGGACGCGCACGAGCAUCAGAAGUUUAUGCGCAAGUACGAGGAGGAGUACCUGUCGCGCUACGUCAUGUUCCUCUUCUCGACUCCGCUCAGCAGCAACUCCUCCUCGUCCUCUUCUUCGCCUUCGUCGUCGCCCAACCUCUCGCCCGCCACAGCGCGACUCAGCCGCGUGACCCCGGUGGCGUUGCAGUCGCCCUUCACGCCCGUGUCGUCCACGCCGCCGCCCAUUCUCACGCCGCCGCCGCCCUACAUUCCGCCGACCUUCCCCACGGGCCUGCGCAGCCAGCUGCUCAUCAACCGCAUAGAGAAAGCCAUUCGGGCGACCAUGCAGGAGGAAAUCAGGUAUGGCGUCGGUGUGAGCAAUCGGUUCGAAGCCUACAAGCGCUAUGUGCGGAUAGGCAUCGAGCAGCGUGUGAAGAGCGAGCAGGCGGCGCUGAUGGCCUUCCAAGACCACCAAGAGGCAAUGCUGAACCACUGCCUGAUGCGGGAGCAAGAGCGAAAGAAGAAGCAGAUCAGCAUCCAGGAGAAGGUCCAGAACGAGGUCUUCCACUACUGGGGCCGGCUGCAGCGAACCGUGAGCCCCCUCCUGUGGAACAAUGAGAAGAUGCUGCGCGACAUACUGCACGAGGACGAGGUGGCGCUGCAGGGGCUGGACGUGUCCCCCAUCUCCCCGCUGCCGAUCCAGUGGAAGCUGGACAAGCGCGAGGGACCCUUCCGCAUCCGCAAGAUCCUGCGCCGCAACUUCAACGUCGCCGACUACGGCGACUGCGCCCGCGAUUCCGCCGCGGGCUCGCGACAGAGCCAACAGCCCGCCGACGAGGUGAACGCCAGCAGCAGCAGCGCCGCCGCCGAGGCCGCCAAGCAGGAGCCCAGCGGCAUCAAGCUGCGCCGUUACGUGCAGCUGGAGAAGGAGUGGUCCAUGAAGGGCGGCAAGGUGGUCCACCGCGACGCCACCAGCGCCAUGGUCACCCCGCUCAUCCUCACCAAGGGCAUCCUCCAGUUCACCUCGUCGCACCUCUACUUCAUCCCCACUGCGGCGUACGAUCAGAAGCCGAUGUUGGCGAGCGCAGCGGCCCCGGCGCUCACGCCCACCGGCUCGGCGGUGCCGUCCAUCUUCCCGGCCUCGCCUCCGCUCGCGCCGCCCGGCCAGGCCCGUCUGCGUUGGACCAACGAACUGCUCGAGAAGCGCAAGAAGCGGUACGAGUGGCCGCUCAGCGAGCUGGUGGGCAUGUACGGUCGGCGGUAUCUCCUACGGGACUGCGCGAUGGAGCUCUUCUUCGCCGACAACACAUCCUACCUCUUCAAGUUUGAGAGCAAAAGCAAACGAGACGCGAUGUUUUCCAAGCUCCGUUCGCUUUCGGUAACUCCGCCGGCGCUCAAGCAACAGCAGGCGCUCAACAAGCCCAAGGAGGGCAAGUUGCUAGAGAGGGGCGGCCUCACGCGCUCGUGGGUCAAUCGCGAGAUCAGCAACUUCGACUACCUCAUGCGACUCAAUGCUCUGGCCGGCCGCACCUACAACGACCUCGGCCAGUACCCCGUGUUCCCGUGGAUCUUCAAAGACUACACUUCGAGCACGCUCAACUUGGACGAUGCCAGUAUCUACCGCGAUCUCUCCAAGCCAGUGGGAGCGCUGGACCCGCAACGGCUGCAGAACUUCAAGGACCGAUACCGCUUCUUCGAGGACCCCGUCAUUCCCAAGUUCUUGUACGGGUCGCACUACUCGUCGGCGUCGGUGGUGCUUUACUUCCUCGUCCGACUAGAGCCCUUCACCUCCUAUUUCCUCUCGAUGCAAGGCGGCAAGUUCGACCACCCCGACCGAAUGUUCCAUUCGCUUCCUCGAACGUGGGCCAACUGCCUCACCAACCCCUCCGAUGUCAAGGAACUGAUCCCGGAGCUGUUCUACAUGCCGGAGCUCAUCCGCGAUGUGAACGGAGUCAACUUUGGCAACAAGGCCGACGACACUCCGCUGCGCGACGUCCAGCUUCCGCCCUGGGCAGAGGACUCGCCCGAGCGGUUCAUCGCCCUGCACCGCGAGGCCUUGGAGAGUGACUACGUGUCGGAGCACUUGCACGAAUGGAUAGAUCUCAUUUUCGGGUACAAGCAACGCGGCCCCGCCUCGGUCGAGGCCAACAACGUGUUCUUCCACCUCACCUACGAGGGCGCUGUGGACCUGGAUGCCGUCAAAGACCCAGUAGAGCGAUCGUCUAUCGAAGAACAAAUCAAGAACUUUGGUCAGACGUCGAGUCAACUCUUCACCAAGCCGCACCCGCAGCGGAGGAAGAGGGCCGAGGUGGACGCGUCGCCCCGGGAGACCAAGGAGGCCGAAGUCUCGGGGUCGGGCGACGUGGGCAGGGGGAAGGCCUCCAACUUCUACUCGAUCCAGACGAAGUGCUCGUCGCCGAUCAUCUUCAUCACCCCCUGCUCCAGCAACAACGUGGCCCUCAUGCACAGUGACGGACUGUUCUCGUGGAACUACUUCAACCCGACCCAGCGGAGCAAGAAGGGCAACCUGUCGCUGCCGUUCACGUGGCACAGGGACAGCACCGUCGGCACGUCGCGCGAGAAGCGGAGCAACUACUACAAUCUCUUCCCGUCCUACACCAACAUCCUCUCCAACUACUUUGCCAUCAUGGGCGACGGCAAGAUCCUCCUGGCCUCGUCCGGCUGGGAGCUGGCCGGCAGUUUCAACUGCAUCCUCCUCCAGGGCCAGCGUAUCCUGCGCAACAUCUUCUAUCACAAGGACGUCGUCACCUCCAUCGCGCUCGCCUCUGACGAUGACACGUUUGUGACGGGCUCGCUGGACACGAUGGUGUUCGUGUGGUCGCUGAAGGAGAUCCUGUCGCCCGCCCUGCCGGCGCCGCCUCCCGUCGUGCCCACGCCCGACUCGAUCAUUCCGCCCUCGGCCCCGCCGCCCACCAUCGCGCCUGCGGCCACCGCCCCGACCUUCCUCUCGUCCCUCCCACUGCCCGACUUCAUUGUAAAUACGGCCUCGUCGGCCUCGUCGUCGUCGUCGACAUCGUCGGUCGAUUCGUCGUCGUUGAAUGCCCCGGCCGGGCCGGACGACGAGGACUUUGACCUGUUCGAGCGGUUCGAGAGCCUCAAGACCAGCGGCACCGCCACCGAAUUCGUGGCCAGCGGCGGGACGGAGACCGAGGCCAACGGCCAAGACGAGCAAACGGCGCUGUUCCGCCCCCGGUGCAUGCUGCGUGGCCACGACGACGGUGUCACGUGCGUGGCCAUCUCCACCGAAUACGGCAUUGUGGUCUCGGGCGGGAAGGACGGGAAGGUGAUCAUCCACCAGCUCCGCAAGGGCCGGCUGCUGCAGGCGUUCGGACUCAAGGGCAAGAGCGUGCACCUGGUCGCCAUCGCGCCGCUCUCGGGCCACGUCGUGAGCCACUCGGCCUUCCCCUCCUACAUCUCCGUCCACUCCGUCAACGGUGUGCUCCUCUCCGAGAUCCAGACCGAGGCCCCGCUCGGCGCCAUGGCCGUCAUCCCGCCCUACUCGUCGCCCCUCUACCUGGCGUCGGUGGGCCUCCGCGGCGGCGGCCGGGCGUCGGGCGGCGGCGAGGGCGAGGGCGAGGAGGAGUGGCUGGUGAGCGGCGAGGGCAAGAAGGUGUUCCUGCGCCGCCUGCCCUCGCUCCGCGUCGUGCAGCGCUUCGAGUGCCUCGCCACUGUCACCUCGCUCCACUUCGUGCCGCCCAACUUCAUCCUCGCCGGCGCCGAAGACGGUCAGCUCUCCAUCUUCCUCGCCACCACCGCCUCUUGA